GAGGGAGGCACAGCUGGAUGAAGAAGGACAAUUUCUGGUCAGAAUAAUUUACGAUGAUUCCAAAACCUAUGAUCUGGUUGCAGCUGCAAGCAAGGUCCUUAAUCUGAAUGCUGGGGAAAUUCUUCAAAUGUUUGGGAAGAUGUUUUUUGUGUUUUGUCAAGAAUCUGGUUAUGAUACUAUUCUACGUGUCUUGGGCUCGAAUGUCAGAGAGUUCUUGCAGAAUCUGGAUGCUUUGCAUGACCACCUUGCCACUAUUUACCCGGGUAUGCGAGCCCCUUCCUUUAGGUGCACCGAUGCCGAGAAGGGGAAGGGGCUCAUCCUGCACUACUAUUCCGAGAGAGAAGGCCUGCAGGAUAUUGUCAUUGGGAUCAUCAAAACAGUAGCUCAACAGAUCCAUGGCACGGAAAUAGAUAUGAAG